UCCUCGGCGUGAAGACGGGGGACGUCCCGGCGAUGCUUGGCGGUGAGGCCAGUGAGAGAGAGCGAGAGAAAGAGAGGGAACCUGGGAAACGCCUAGUGGCAGAGCAGGAGGACCUGAAAAACCAGCUGCACGUCACUGGCAGCCAGGAGGAGCCGCCCCCUUUCUCACAUCAACACACAUUCCCACUAUCGCUCACACACACACACUGGUUUCUGGCAGCAGAACAGAGGCGACGUCCAGACUCACCCCUGCUGCGACCCAGGGACCCCACCACUGGUGGACUAUGCCCCCUGCUGCCCACUGAGAGCAGGGCUGGACGCUGCUCAGCCUCCUGCCGGGAGUUGGCUCGGAUCACGCCACUUGGGUUUGUUGCUGAAGAUGCCAACGUCAACCGUCUCACCAGUGACCAGCACGACGCUUCACCUCAACACAACAAUCGCCACCAAGUCCAGGCAGCAAAUCCUAAUCCAGACCCAAUGCUGCUCUUCCACAGGCUCCGGGGCCAUGAUCGCAGUCAUCGUCAUCGGGAUUAUCAUCAUUCUCACCAUUCUACUGCUCAUCCUGAAGACAUACAACAGGUGCACACAUGCGUCCCGAGUCCUUGGACACAGCGGAGGCUCCAAACCUCGUCCCAAAACCUCCCAGUCGACCGGCCAGACCAGCCUGCCUCUGAACACAAUACCAGUGAACUCCAGGUCCAAUCCCCUUCCAGACUCAAACCCCCCGUCGGAGCACGGCUUCCAGCUGCCCAGAGUGGAGCUGAGCUCGGUGGAAGGGAACCAGCUGGAGCAGUUCAGCACAGCCAGCGGCUCCACCGUGGUCACCAUCCACGACUCGCCGUCGCUAGGAAACACAUAGCAGCCAGACAGGGACGCUGGCGGCCCAGCGGGCAGUGACUGACGCGUCCGCUGCUGACUGAAUCCUCUGGAAACUCUGGGUCCACAGAGCUGCUGCAGAACCUCGAAGGAGUCAAAGCCAUUCGUGAAGGAAGCUCUGACAGGGGCGGCGCCAUGAAGAAAGCGGCUCCAAACUCAGUACAUUUCUGCCUUGACCACAGUUGAAUCAAUAGUAGAAAUGUAAUAUUAUCACACACAGUAGUGACCAACAUACUUUGUUUUGAUUUGACUUUUAUAAUAGUAUUUCAUCUAUGUUAGAAAGACUUAGACUGUAGUCCGACACAAAGUAUUCUUGCACUUUAUUUCUGCAUUCUUGUGUGAAUGUACGGUACAUGAAUUAGACAAAAUAA